AUGCUAUGGGCAAUAUGGAAAAACAGGAAUAGCUUAUUAUACGCAGAGACACAAGAAUCAAUAGCGGUGUUGAUGCGUCGGGCUUUAGAGGAGGCGUCUCUAUGGUACGAGGUGAACAAAGGAGCGAGUGGAGAAAAGCAAACAGCAUUACACAUGGGAGUACCACAAAGCUGGACACCUCCUGCACAAGGUAUGGUCAAAUGCAAUUUCCAUGUGAAUUGGAGGAGUGAUAGGUACCAUGUAGGAGGAGCUUGGAUUACUAGGAACUAUAAUGGUGAGGUUGGAAUGCAUGCUAGAGAUGCCUUGACUCCCAAGUCAGACAAGUUAUCUGCUGAUAUGUAUUGCUUGUUAUGGGUAUUGAAGAGUUUGCGUGAUCUGAGAAUAGAGGAAGUGCAUAUAGGAACAGAUUCACAGGAACUGUAUGAUGCUAUUCAGAAACCUUAUCGUUGGCCACGGUAUAGAGGACUACUUCAGCAAAUCACUACGAUAUGCUCAGAGUUUGUAGGGAUUGAAUUUGAAGUGGAAUCUGUUCAGUCAAACAAGGUGGCACGAGAGAUCUCUAGAAGUGUGCUACGGGAUGGACGUUUUCAAUCAUAUUUGGCGUUAGGACUUAAGGUGCUAUGGUGA